GCUGCAUGCCGAGCAGCAACCCGAGCAGCGUCCGAGCGCGGUGCCAGUGAACAGUGUUUUCGUGCUUAAGUCGCUUAAGUGAGGGAGUGCUUCUUACUAUGUCAUCGCCCUCGUCCACCCUUGAUGGUCUACCAAAACAAUUCGUGAGUGCGAUGCGAACUCUUUUCGACAUUAUGGACGAUAAACACACAGGAUUUGUUAGUUUUUCCGAAAUAGAAAACAGAUGGCAAGACGAUAACACCAAAGGACUGCCUAAGGGCGUUAUAGAAAGCCUCAGGAAAGUCACCCCAUCGAAUGGUAUGCUGUCCUUCGAGAGAUUUUGUGCUGGACUUAAAAUAUGUCUCUUGAGGAAUCAAGUCGAUCGAAGAGAAGCGAAACUUCCAGAACCUAUAAACGUAAAAGCUAACCGCCCUCCUUCAGCCCCGCUUCUUGACAUAGACAACCCUCCAAAACCACCAAAUUGGGGUAACACGGCAGCAAUACGUCCUAACAAUGUUAUAACACAGCAACGAACCCUGUCAAUGCCACAACUUUUGCCAGAACGAAAAGAAGGAAGUGUAGAAACCGUUGAUAAACACGCAUUUGAAAAACCAGUUCCGAACAUAAACAAACCCAUGCUUUUCGGUCCCCCAAAGCCUCCCCGCUCUGCCGUUGGCUUGGAACGAGCGGCAACGGCGGGAAACCUUGAUAGGGCUGAAAUAAGAACGGCUUUACAGAACUGGCAAAUGGGCGUUAUGAUGAAUGACCAAGAAAACAAAAACGGCGAGAAACGCCAAGGACCACAAUACAACGGAGGUUUAUUAAGAACCAGCAGGAGCAUGGGAGAUGGGAAGGCAGCUAUGCAGGGUGAGGCACAGGGGGUGCAGGCAGGAAUUUAUCAGAAAAAACCUAAUCCAAGAAGGAGAGAACCGAGAAGGCAUACAUUACAAAAUGGCAUUGAUUAUAGCAUGUUAAAACGAAUGAAGCAAAUAGAACAAGAAAAGGAAGUUUUGAUGCAAGGGUUGAGUGCGGUGGAAAAAGCCAGGGAUUGGUAUAUGAAACAAGUUUCAAUUGUCCAAGAUAAAAUGAAGUAUCUGGGAAGAAUGGGUCAUGUGGAACAUUGGUCUGAAGCACACCAAGAGCGGCUAGAACUUCAACGUGCUAGGGUACUGGAAGUGAACCGCCAUCUUGCGACAUUAACAGAAAGUUGGGAAAGAGGAGGACUUCCGCUUCAUAUGAACCUAGCUGUAAACCAUUACCCGCCAAUUCAUCCACCUCCACAAGAUAUAUCGGAUAGGUUAAAACAACAAAACAGAUUACUUACCGAGGAAGUAAGUAAAAAAAGUGAACGAAUAUCAGCACUGGAAAGGGAAAAGGCCAAUCUAAUCCAAGUUCUACAAAUGCGAUCAGUCCCCUCUAAGAGGAGCAAUGUGCAAGAAGAAGCGGUAUUUUAAUUAAAAACACUAGUGUAAUAAUAAAUAUACAAUUUAUUCAAUAAGAUACAUUUUUGUACAAACUUUAAAAAAUGUGAUUUUGUGAAGAUUUGUGAGUUACCUGUUUUUAUUUUUUUGACGAAAUGUAAAUGAAAUAUUUGGUGCCAUAAAAUUAUGAAGGAUCAUGACAUGUAUUACAGAACAUUUAACUGUCUGGAAUUGUUCAUUUACUCAAUAAUUCAGAAGUGUUUAAAACUAUCAAUGAUAUUAUUUUAUAAUACAAAUAAUAUUAGUUGUGAUGACGACAUGUACAUUAUUAGUACAUUGUACAUUAUUAAAGUAGAUGAACGUUGUGAUUGUAAACAAACCAAACCAACUAUGAUAUUUUCUUACAAAAUUUCAUGAACCUGGCUUAAUCAUUCGGUGACGUCAAAGUAAGAAUCAACCUGUGAAAUCCGACACUUUUUUAUAGCAAGACAUAGUCAAACUUGUUCUUGCUUUAGUAUAAUAGUUGAAGUAUUUAUUGUUUUUAUUUUAAGUAUUUACUUAUAUUGAUUUAAGUAUGAAAUGAAUACCUAUAAAAAAGACCAAAUACAUGAAAAAUGAUAAUAAGUAAGAAAUCAAAUAUACAAAUAGGCAUACCUACAUUUGGAUAAAUACAAAUACCAAGGAACCUUGAUUUCAGACAAUAAUGAUCAAACAACAGAAAUAAGGGCCAGGAUAGAAAUACAUAGCAAGAAAAGCGUUUGUAAAAAUGAAAUCAAUUCUCUGCAACAAAGAAAAGACCUUAGAUUAGAGCUGAGAGUAAGAGCUUUAUCCUACGUGUUCGCGAUACUGCAAUAUGGACUUGAAAGCUGGACUUGAAGCAAGAACACAUAAAUAAGCUACAGUCAUUUGAAAUGUGGUGUUAUGGUUCAAGUGGAAAUCGGUGGGACUGUGCAUUUUAUCAAUGAAAUUAGAUAUGUCUCAAACACUCCAGAAGCCGCUAACGAUAAAAUGUUUUAACAUCGCAUUAAUCAUUGUAAAUUAGUCGACGGAUAUUAAUUAGUACAGUGAAAAUAAUAAGACGAGAACUGGACGAUAAUGAUUAUAAAGAAUAAUUUUUAAAGUUGUUUCUACUUUAAUGGCAAAAAAAGCAAGCUCAUUAGCAGAAACCAAUUCAAAAUUAUUUUGUGUUUCCAAAAACCAAUUCAACCAAAUAAUGUGAAACAUUAUUUGGUUGAAAAAUCUCAUUUUUGUUGGCACAAAAAUAUAUUAAUUUGUCUGUACUAAAUUACUUCUGUUUAUCUUAAAAGGGAUAUGUUACUAUCAACAUUCACACAGUGUCGCCAAACUGAAUUUUGUUAUUUUGGGUGUAAAUUUUUUCCACCGACCUCCGAGGGUACAAUACAAAAGGAUGCUUAGAAUAGCAUGGGCACAGAAAAAGACAAACACGGAAGUAUUUCGAGAAAUGGGCAAAGGAUACGAAAUAAUAAACACAAUAAAAAUAAGAAAGUUACAUUAUCUGGGACACGUAAUGAGGGGACAGCGAUAUGAAAUCCUAAGACUAAUAAUACAAGGAAAGAUAAAAGGAGGAAGGAGUAUAGGAAGAAGGAGAGUGUCAUAGUUGAAGAAUUUAAGGGACUGGUUUAAAUGUAGUCUAUAAAACUCUUCAGAGCAGCGGUAGAUAGAGUGAAGAUAGUGAUGAUGAUAUCCAACCUCCGAUUGUUAGACGGUCAUGGACGUAUAAAGAUAUACGUCUAUGGAGAUGGCACUUAAAAAAAAAAGAAGAAUAUUGUCAGUAGUAAUUGCACAAGAGCUCUAAAAUUCUAUAUUAAUUUUAGAGAUCGAGUGCAAUUUGUUGCGAUUAUUUCAUGAAUAAAACUGUUCAAAACCAAAAUUUUAUUGUAAUUUAUUUAUGUAAGUACAAAUUAGUACUGUUAAACACACAGUUGAUAUAAAAUAUUUUACGGUUGAAAGUCAUCACUUUUAUAACUUUUAAAACCUUAAUUGUCAUUAAUGUCACUGAAUGUAUUUUUUCGUAGCAACGAAGAGCAUCUGACGUAAUAUACUUGACGACGGGAUAUUAUCAAAAAUUAUCACCUUAAUUUGCAUUUCUGCCGAGUGACACUUUGACAGUUUUAAUUUCACGAGCCGAAGGCGAGUGAAAUUAUGUCAAAGUGUCACGAGGGCAAAAAUUCUAUAUUAAUUUUAGAGAUCGAGUGCAAUUUGUUGCGAUUAUUUCAUGAAUAAAACUGUUCAAAACCAAAAUUUUAUUGUAAUUUAUUUAUGUAAGUACAAAUUAGUACAAUUAAACAAACAGUUGUUAUAAAUAUUAAUUUGACAGUUGAAAGUCAUCCGUUUUAUAAUUUUUAAAACAUUAAUGUCACUGAAUGUAUUUUUUCGUAGGAACGAAGUUCAUCUGACGUAAUAUACUUGACGACCGCGACGGGAAAUUAUCAAAAAUUAUCGAUUUUAGAUUUCUGUAGCUUUCUAUUGGUCAGAAUCUCCUAUGAAUGAAAUAAUCAGUAGUAAUUGCACAAGAGCUCUAAAAUUAUUGAAUUUUUCCCGAGUGAGACAUUGACAGUUUUAAGUUCACGACCCGAAGGGGAGUGAAAUUAUGUCAAAAUGUCACCGAGGGCAAAAAUUCGAUAUUAAUUUUAGAGAUCGAGUGCAAUUUGUUGCGAUUAUUUCAUGAAUAAAACUGUUCAAAACCAAAAUUUAAUUGUAAUUUAUUUAUGUAAGUACAAAUUAGUACAAUUAAACACACAGUUGUUAUAAAUAUUUGACGGUUGAAAGUCAUCACUUUUAUAAUUUUUAAAACAUUAAUUGUCAUUAAUGUCACUGAAUGUAUUUUUUCGUAGCAACCAAGGGCAUCUGACGUAAUACACUUGACGACGGUACAUUAUCAAAAAUUAUCAGUUUAAUUUUUAUUUCUGUAGCUUUCUAUUGGUCACAAUCUCCUAUGAAUGAAAUCUCUUCUUCUUCUUAAGGUGCCUAUCCGUUCCGGAUGUUGGCGAUCAGCAUGGCGAUAUUUUCUUAAAUGUGACAGUUGUCAAAACUAGGAAACUGGUUGCCAUUAAACAGAAACAAUCUACUUAAAAAAAUUCUAUCGGUAAUUUUCUACAGUAGAUAAUUCUCAGAAUAAUUUUAAUCUGACUGGACAGAAUUAAACACGUGAUCAAAUAUCUUACUAUACGAUUGGAAGUUAAAAUCAUCAAAAAAUAAUCAGUUUAAUUUUUAUUUCUGUAGCUUUCUAUUGGUCAGAAUCUCCUAUGAAUGAAAUAAUCAGGAUUAUUUCAUUCAUAGGAGAUUCUGACCAAUAGAAAGCUACAGAAAUCUGAAUUAAAUCGAUAAUUUUUGAUAAUUGCCCGUCGUUAAGUAUAUUACGUCAGAUGCACUUCGUUGCUACGAAAAAAUACAUUCAGUGACAUUAAUGACAAUUAAUGUUUUAAAAGUUAUAAAAGUGAUGACUUACAACCGUAAAAUAUUUUAUAUCAACUGUGUGUAUAACAGUACUAAUUUGUACUUACAUAAAUAAAUUACAAUAAAAUUUUGGUUUUGAAGAGUUUUAUUCAGGAAAUAAUCGCAACAAAUUGCACUCGAUCUCUAAAAUUAAUAUAGAAUUUUAGAGUUCUUGUGCAAUUACUACUGAUUUUUUUGGGCAUGCGUAUUUCUAAGGUUCGUGAAGUUUUGUAAAUAUCCCUACUAUAGCAAUUUAAAUCACAGCAACAAAUAAAUGUUUUAUGGAAACAUGUGAAAUAGACCAUAGUGUUAUGGACACAAGAAAUUUGUGUUAUUUCGGAUGCUGCCAUUGUGCCAUUAAAAUAUAUUAUGUAUUUUGAAAACAGACAAUUUCAUAAUUUUAAGUAAGACAUACUUAUGUGUACCUAUUUAGAUACUCACUACUGAAUUAUUAUGUAUUAUAUGUGAAUAUUGUAAAAAAAGGACUCCAUAUCUCACUUAAGUGAUAGAGAUUUAUAUAUUUUUUGUAAAAGACAUUAAAAUAUAUCAACCGUUUAUAUUA